AUGGCAACUCCUAUUGUCACUGUAGAUGAGCGUAAUGUAGUCAAUCUCAGAAAGUCGGCUGAUAUAGCCCACUCCAACUUGAAUAUUCCAGCCAGUUCGCUUGCAUUGGCAUUGUGUUCUUCCUGUAUGAUUAUGCUGGCUUCUGGCACGGCGUAUCUAUUUUCAUUAUAUGGGCCUCAACUAUCUACCAAACUCAAUCUCAAUCAAAGUGAAACAGCUUUUAUUGCUAUAUGCGGAAACACUGGCAUCUUUAUCAGUGGUCCAUUGAUGGGAUCAUUAGUUGACAAGUAUCGAUCAAGACCACAGCUGCUCGUCCUUGCUGGUGGAUGUAUAAUCGCAUCAGGCUAUAUUUCCGUUGCAGCAAUCUAUAAUGGUUACAUUCCACAGCCACACUUUUUAAUCAUGGCAUUUAUUUUUCUGUGCAUUGGGGUUGGAAGUGCUGCAUGCUAUCAUUCGGCUCUUGCAGUCAAUUAUCGGAUUUGGCCUGCUCAACAUCGGGGGUUUGCUGUGGGUGUAAACGUUGGGUUUUUUGGACUCUCGGCAUUUGUAUUUGCAAAUAUGUCCAACAUAUUUCAAAAGAUCAAACACAAGGAAAAAUCAGUGCUGGAUGUCGGAGCUUAUUUGGAGGCUGUUGGCAUCAUCUGUUUGCUGUUGAGUAUAUUUGGCGCGGCUACCAUGAUCACUCGAGAGGAAUUCGAAGCUCCAUCCGUUGAAAUCGACUCCAGUUCAUAUACCACACGGUUUUACUCGGCAGCUAGAGAAAAUGACAGCAGUCCAAAUCAAACAGCAGUAUCAUUACUGGUUAGCGCCGAGACGCACUUAUCCGAGACCACACCACUCUUGCGUAGAUGUAGACGGCAAGAUUCGUGUGAUCAUGCACUUGUUGAUGCUGGGCUUCAACCUAUUGCAGAUCCAGAUAAUUUGAUGGAAGAUAUUGAAGAGGAAGUUUCAAGCAGCAGCUCAACUCCACAGAUUCAUUCUCCAGCCGAAUUUGAAAUCGAAGAUAUAUCCUGUUUUGUAUUUGCAGAUACAUAUCUACUUGCCACGGUAAUGCUGCUCCUCAUUGGUGUUUGUCUCAUGUAUUACAACAACGUUGGUGCCGUCAUAUUGUCUCUAUCACCAAUGGAUCAAGACUCGUCGCAUCCUGAUGUUCACUGGGCUCAGCGCAUUCAUGUAAUUGUCUUGUCGCUUUUCAGUUUUGGCAGUCGGAUCUCAGUUGGUUUAGCAGCAGACUAUUCAUACAGAUACCUAUCUGUUCCUCGUGCAGCAUGGCUUCUUUUUUCGUCUUUGAUGGGAGCGGCUGCAUCUGUAACAUUAAUACUUGCAACCACGCUCGAUCAAGUCAUGAUCGCGUCGGUGUUCUUUGGCAUCUCCUUUGGUGGAAUAUGGACCAUUAUGCCUGUGCUUAUUGGCGAGUACUUUGGCUUUAAGCGUUUUGGUCAAAACUGGGGAUGGAUGACCGUUAUGCCUGCCUUUGGCGGGCCCAUCUUUUCUACACUGUUUGGUAUAGUGUAUGACUAUUCCACCUUGCACGGAAAUGGAGUCGACCUGCCUUCAGGAAUAGUAUGCAAAGGAAAUGCUUGUUUUUCUGACAGUUUUAUCGUGGGGUCGAGCAUGCUCUGUAUCUGUGUUGUAUUGACGUCUAUUGUAUGUGUGCGACGACGUUUGCUGUGA